AUGAGAACUAUUUUACUUUCAUUCCUUCUUUGCUACUGCUUCAUAUAUCAUACUCUUGCUUCUGCCAAAUGUCUCCAUGAUCAACAAUCAUUGUUGCUCCAACUAAAAAAUAAUCUCACAUUUUAUCCACAAAGUUCCACCAAACUUAAAUUCUGGAAUGCAAGCAUUGAUUGCUGUGAUUGGAUUGGUGUAAAUUGUGACAAUAAGGGAUUUGUUAUUGGCCUUGAUCUGAGUGAAGAAUCAAUCUCUGGUGGAUUUGAUACUGCAAGUAGUCUUUUUAGUCUUCAACGUCUUCAAAAAUUGAACUUGGCUGUUAACAAUUUCAAUUCUGUUAUUCCAUCAGGAUUCGACAAGUUGGAGAUGUUGAAUUAUUUGAAUUUGUCAUAUGCUAGCUUUGUGGGGCAGAUUCCUAUAGAGAUUUCCCAGCUUACAAGGUUGGUUACUCUUGAUAUAUCUUCUCUUAGCUAUUUAUUCCGACAAGGGUUGAAACUUGAGAUACCAAAUUUACAGAAGUUUGUUCAAAAUUUGACUAGUCUUAGACAACUGUAUCUAGAUGGUGUAUUAUUACAUGCUCAGGGAAAUAAAUGGUGCAAUGAUUUGUCGUCGUUGUAUGACCUGCAAGAGUUGAGCAUGUCUUACUGUGAUCUAUCAGGACCACUUGAUUCUUCUCUAACAAAACUAGAGAACCUAUCAGUAAUUAUUCUUGAUGGGAAUGAUUUUUCAUCACCUGUGCCAGAAACAUUUGUGGAUUUUAAAAAUUUGACCACCCUUAGUCUUGCAUUUUGCAGAUUGAGUGGUACAUUUCCACACAAGAUAUUUCAAAUUGGAACGUUGUCUAUUAUUGACUUAUCGUUCAACAACAAUCUCCAUGGUUCAUUUCCAGAAUUUCCGUUGAGUGGAUCUAUACACACUUUAAGGGUAAUAAACACAAGCUUUUCUGGAGAAAUUCCAUACACCAUUGGUAACUUGAGGCAAUUAUAUGAAUUGGAUCUUUCCAAUUGUCAAUUUAAUGGAACACUUCCCAAUUCACUAUCAAACCUUACAGAACUUAGAUACAUAGAUUUGUCGUCUAAUAGCUAUACAGGUCCAGUGCCAUCAUUUUACAUGGCCAAAAAACUUACACACCUAGACCUCUCUCAUAAUCAUUUAAGUGGUGAAAUCCCAACAUCUUCUCACUUUGAAGGACUGCACAAUCUAGUCAACAUUGAUUUGUGUGAUAAUUCUAUCAAUGGGAGCAUUCCUUCAUCUCUUUUUUCACUUUCUUUACUACAAAAGAUUCAACUUUCAUCCAAUCAGUUUAGUAAAUUUGACAAAUUGAUAAAUGUGUCUUCCUCGGUAAUUCACACCCUUGAUUUGAGUAGCAAUAUUCUAUCAGGGCCUUUUCCAAUGCCUAUCACUCAGCUUCAUUCACUUUCUGUCCUCGAUCUUUCCUCUAACAUGUUGAAUGAGUCACUAAGCCUAGAUGAGCUUUUGGAGCUUAGAAGUUUAACUACACUAGACCUUUCAUACAACAAUUUAUCAAUCAAUGUGAAUGUUGAAAAUGCUGAUCAUACUUCCUUUCCCAAUAUUAGCACUCUAAGUUUAGCAUGCUGCAAUCUGACAACUUUUCCAAGUUUCUUGAGAAACAAAUCCAGAUUAACCAUUCUAGACCUUUCAAAAAAUCAAAUUCAAGGAAAAGUGCCCAAUUGGGUAUGGAAGCUACAAAAUCUUCAAAGCCUGAAUGUUUCGCACAAUAUGCUCACUGGUUUGGAAGGACCUUUGCAAAACCUCACUUCCAACUUGAUAUCCCUUGACCUUCAUAACAACCAAUUGAAAGGGCCAAUUCCUGUUUUUCCUAAAUAUGCUUCCUAUUUGGAUUACUCAAUGAACAAAUUUAGCUCUUUUAUCCCACAGGACACUGGUAACUACUUGACUUUCACAACUUUUCUCUCACUUUCUAAUAAUACUUUACAUGGCAGUAUCCCUGAAUCCCUCUGCCAUGCCCCAAAUCUCCAAGUUCUUGAUAUUUCCAUGAAUAACAUUUCUGGAAUGAUUCCCUCAUGUCUAAUGACAAUGACUCAAACCCUUGUGGUAUUAAAUCUGAAGAUGAACAAUCUCACUGGCCAUAUCCCAGACGUGUUCCCAGCUUCUUGUGCUCUAAGGACUCUUGAUCUUCAAAAGAAUAAUUUAGACGGACAGAUUCCAAAAUCUCUUGUGAAAUGUUCAUUAUUAGAAGUGUUAGAUCUUGCACAUAACAACAUCAACGACAAAUUUCCAUGCUUGUUCAAGAACAUAUCCAAAAUCCGUGUCAUAGUCCUGCGCAGUAACAAAUUCUAUGGACCCAUCGGAUGCCCAAAGACAAAUGGCACUUGGCCCAUGCUUCAGAUAGUUGACCUAGCCUUCAACAAUUUCAGUGGUAAACUACCUGGAAAAUGCUUCACAACAUGGGAGGCAAUGAGAUAUGAUGAAAACCAAGCUGAUUCUAAGGUAAACCACGUCCGAUUUCAGGUUCUCCAAUUUGGUCAGAUAUAUUACCAGGAUUCAGUGACAGUUGCAAGCAAAGGGCAACAACUGGAGUUAGUUAAAAUUAUUUCAAUAUACACAACCAUUGAUUUCUCAUCCAAUCAUUUUGAAGGACCUAUACCAAAGGUUUUGAUGGAAUUCAAAGCACUUUACAUUCUCAACAUUUCAAACAACCAUUUCUCAGGUGAAAUCCCUUCUUCUAUAGGGAACAUGAAACGAUUAGAGUCAUUAGACCUUUCAAAUAACUCAUUGGUUGGUAAAAUUCCUGUGCAGCUAGACAGCUUGUCCUUUCUUUCUUAUUUGAAUCUUUCCUUCAAUCAUUUGGUGGGUAAGAUCCCAACAGGUACUCAACUUCAGUCAUUUCAAGCUUCUUGCUUUGAAGGGAAUGGUGGACUAUAUGGUCCUCCAUUGACUGAAAUACCAGAUGAUAAGACGCCAGAUGAGCUGCACCCUGAAAUUGUAUGUGGGAGGCUAGCCUGUUCUAUAGACUGGAAUUAUUUAAGUGUAGAACUGGGAUCUGUUUUUGGUCUUGGAAUGGUCAUUUUUCCUCUCAUGUUUUGGAAGAAAUGGAGGAUAAGGUAUUGGAAACUUGUGAAUAAAAUUCUUUGCUGGAUAUUUCCAAGGAUGUAUCUUGAAUAUGUAACCCACAGAGGACAAGCAUACAUAGUUUUAAGGUGGCAUUAG